AUGUCUGUGACUCCACACCCAUCGCCAGAUAUCUCAAAACAAGAGAAGUCUGUAGACAAGCCUUUAUUUUUUAGUAAAGAGUGUCGUACCAAUAAUCGACCAGCAACGAUCAUAGGUGCAGAUAGACGUCGUAUCUUCUCCUCACCCAAACUUCCAGAAGAAGACAAUGAGAAACAAAUAUCUCCACGGGAACACGAGUCCUCAUUAAGUCCUUCAGAAACAACACCAAGAAAAAUGCAGUGGGGUGGAAGUAAAAGGAAAAAUCGGGCUACAGUGCAAUUAGAACCACAACCGGAAACAAGAAGAAUCUUACUUGGCAGUCGAUCUGCGUUACAUGAUAUAGACGACGUCGGCAGAAGAUCAUUUCUGAAACAAAGGAAAGUCGAAGACGUCGAGAUUGAAAGUCCAUCACCCGUCACAACACCACAAAGGGAAUUGGACUUCACUAUCGAGACACAGAACACUUUUUUUAAUCCCAUUGCACCAAAGAGGUGGAUCGAAAGUGAACACGAACCGAGUCGAGAGUACAUCGCGUCGAAUAUGGUGUUAUACAAUGACAUCACUUCUUAUUUCACUGACAAAGAGAUGUGGCUGAAAACAAAUAUGCUCAACAACUUACCAUAUUAUGCCACUGCAAAGCGCAUUAAAGUACUUAUGUGUACGUGGAAUGUGAAUCAAUGUGUAUUCAACAUCGAUGAAGUUAACAAGUGGACACAAGGCGUCGACGACGAGCCUGAUAUAAUAGUGUGUGGGUUACAAGAACUUGAAAUGAAAAUCGACGCGAUCAUUACGGGGAAGAAGUACUCUGAGAAGUCGAUCAUGUGGGAGAAUUUGAUCUUAGCUUCAAUCAAUCGAGGACCCAAAAUGUAUAAGAAGUUGGGGUAUUACCAAUUAUGCGGAGUCGUCCAGUACGUCUUUUUUAAUACAGAAAUGGAAGGAAAGAUCACCGAAGUUGGGUAUGAAGAUACUCGAGUUGGUGCGAUGAGUGGCAAAUUAGCGAAUAAAGGAGGUGUUGCGUAUCGCAUGAAAAUCUACGACUCAACUGUUUGCUUUGUUGUGAGUCAUUUGGCUGCUCAUCAACACUUUUGGGAGAAGAGAAAUCAAGACUGGAACGAAAUCGCGAAAAUGAGGAUCACAUAUUAUUCGGACAUUAAGAAGGAGAAAAUGAAAGUGAAUCUAUUAGACCAUGACAUUGUCUUCUGGGAAGGCGAUUUGAAUUACAGAGUGGAAAUGACCGACUUCGACGUGAGGAAGAAUUUGAAGGCAAAGAAGAUGAAUAAACUGAUUAAACACGAUCAACUGUUACAAUCUAUUCAACGAAAAGAAGUCUUCAGUAACUUCUCUGAAGCGCCAAUAACAUUCGAUCCGACGUUUAAAAUAGUGAUUGGGUCGGGGGAAUACGUUGACAAUAGGAUCCCGUCGUGGUGCGAUAGAAUCCUGUGGAAGACUGAAAAUCGCCAUCACGUCGAAGUCGUGAAAUACACAAGCCACGAACUCUAUCAAAGCGACCACAAACCCGUGUCGUGUGUGCUCAACGCAGACUUACAAGAAGUCGACAAAGACAAGAAGCGCAUUGUUGAAACUUAUUUGAAAAGGGUUGCUGAGAAGUAUGAGAGAAUUAAAGUGCCAAAAGUGAUUGUAGAACCCAACAUAUUGACUGUCGAAGGUGUCGAGUUAUUUAAGUCGUACACAGUGAAGACCACAAUACGGAAUGUUGGGAAAUUUACAGUGAAAUACAGUGUUAAAGAUAGUGUUGAUGGGGUGUAUCAAAACGACUGGCUUUCUAUUCAAUCGUGUGAUGGAGUUAUCGACAUUUUUGAAGGGAAAGAUGUUGUUGUUGUUACCGUUCAAAUCUACAUCCAACUGCAAUACGCUUGGAUGUACCAAGACAGAAACAUGUUACUGAAAAAGGUUGUCUUCCAAUUUGGCGACGACAAAAGUCUCGAAGUCCCGAUGACAGUCAUAGUGAAAACACCUCCUUGUAUCUUCGGGAUGCGUCUCGAGUCACUAAAUCGAUUACCUCGGCCUAUUGUAGGACAACCUAAUAAGAGUGUGUUAUAUAAUAAACUCCCAUUUUGGGUACCAAAAGAGAUCUAUAGGCUGACAGAUUAUAUUAUUAAGAAUUACCAAAUGAAUUGCUUUGUGGAAACGAUGCCAAAAGUCUAUUCAGAAGACCAACUCAGGAAUUUGGUGUAUGCUUUGAACACGGAAUCGAAUUUUGAUAAAGGACCAAUUCAAUUGUUCUGUGACGGACUACUCACAUUCUUGUCGGCACUCCACCACCCACUCUCUUUUUAUGAUAUGACAGAUAACAAUAACUUAACCGAGGCAGACAUAUUCAAAACUAUUAGAUUUGUUAUACCAGAUGAGUACAGACACUUGUUUUGUUACAUCGUGUCUUUCAUCAAGAAACUUAAGAUCCUUGGGGAAGAGCCAGACACCUUAGUCACUCGAUUUGCACCUCAUAUGUUCCGGUGCUAUAAAGGUGUUAAAAUAGCCCCAUUCAUCAAGUUUCUGAAGAACAUAUUUAACACGGAAAUCUAA